AUGGCGACGAUUGCCCUUCCACCACCAUUCGCCAACUAUCGGUCCACCUCCACCAUUGGCUCCAUUACCACCACCAUCACCAUAGAGCAGCCGACCAGUCACCCGACGCCCGUCCCCAACAAACACAUUCCCGUUUGCCCUCCAGGUCCAGCUCCGCAGGACGACGCUGAUACGCCGCCGCCUUCGCCCUGGCCUUUGACGAAUGGCGCCGAUGAGCACUCGUCCCCCCGCUCGUUUCUCUACCCGCCUCAUCGCUUCCACCAUGUCGACUCCGGCCAUCUCUCGCUCUACAAGAUCGACGCCGCCGACGUAGCUGCUGCCUUGGACCAUCUUUCGAGGCAACCCUUGCCAGACCCCGCGCACGUCUUCCCAUGGUAUCAUGGCCUCCACCCCCGGAACCAAGUGCAGCAGCACUUCUUUCUCAGCGCCCGCACGCGUGCGCUGAGAAAGACCCCUUCUUGCCUUCGUGGAAUCACCCUUGUCAAGGCCGAUGGCGAUCUCAACUUCUCUCGCCUCAAGGGUGCAAUUGCACCUUACGAGUUCCUUCACUCAAGCAGCGCCGAGUUCAUCGAUGUUGACCCCGUUGACGGCUUUUCCGUCCGCAACUUCCAAAUUCAAGCCGCCAAGGCCGCCAUGACGAGCGAUAUCAUAGUCUACGGCGAUAACGAAGCGGCCGUUUGCAAGUUGGGUUGGGACAUAGCUUCGGCCCAGCAAAAGUGGCGCUACAAGCAUGAACUACAGUGUCAUUGGGUUCCCGAGUACAACACCUUUAUCUGCCUCAGUCCAUUCGACGAGUUUGAACAGAACCAUCGUGAGAUUGUGGCAGUCGAUUCGACAGGUAAUCUGACGGGAAAUGUACUGGACUUUGUCAAUCAAGAGAGACUUGAAAUGUAUCUCAUGACCCAGGCUUCGGAAAUUGCACCCAACGUGUGGAUGGGUCCUACGCCCGAUCCAAUCAUCGAAGAGGACAAUGGCUAUCAUAUUCAGCUCGAGUGCAGCGACAUGGGAAGGGCCAACACCUGCGCAGCUUUUCUGCAAGCUCUUGCUGAGGACGGGCUGGGCGACGUACCAGAACCCGUCCACUUUGACUUUCCUUCUUCAGGAAGCUUCCUAGUUCCCAACUAUUCCCAUGCGGAUGCAGACGCUCUUCUGGACACUUGCAAAUGGCUUUGGCAUCUUUCACAUGGGACUAGGCCAGAGAAAUCUUCUGAUGCUGGUAAAGACAGAUCUUGGCCACCAUUAAGCCCCCGAAAGAUUCUCAUUCACUGCGCAGAUGGUUAUACAGAAUCCACAGUCUUGGCCAUUGCAUACUACAGCUAUAGCACAGGCCUACCUAUCCCCGAAGCCUGGUUGAAGCUGCACACAAUUAUGAAACGCAACUUCUUCGCAUACCCCUCCGACGUGAACUUCCUAGCGACAAUCGCUCCACGACUCCUACAAGAAUCACCCAUUGGAACCGACCGAAGCCUCGCACAAGUUACGGAGCUCGUCAGAAACGAACCGAAGUGGUGGACAGGUUUCGACGGGUCACUACCCAGCAGGAUCCUUGAUUACAUGUACCUCGGCAACCUUACCCACGCAAACAAUCCAGAUCUGCUUAGGGCCAUGGGCAUCGGCCAAAUUCUGAGUGUGGGUGAGAUGGCCAUGUGGCGAGACGGGGAGUUGCAGGAAUGGGGGGAGGAGAACACGUGUAUUGUGCGAGGAGUGCAGGAUAACGGGAUUGAUCCGUUGACAGAUGAGUUUGAGCGUUGCUUGGAGUUCAUUGACCGUGGCCGCCGCCUCGGAACUGCAACCCUAGUCCACUGUCGUGUUGGUGUGUCCCGCUCCGCCACCAUCUGCAUCGCCGAGGUGAUGCGUUCCAUGGGAAUGUCCUUCCCGCGCGCAUACUGCUUUGUCCGCGCUCGGCGGCUCAAUGUCAUCAUCCAGCCUCACCUCAGGUUUGCCUACGAGCUGCUCAAGUGGGAGGAGUUCCUUCGCUCAAACCAAGAGACCAAGGAUCACGGCAACUACACCCUGACGGCCGAUGGCCAGGAGGAUAACGAGUCGUCUUCCGAAGGCCAAGGCAUCAUGCGGGAGCUCGAGUGGGGGGAAAUUGCGAGGGAGGUUGCCUUGAUGAAUAAGCCAUACUCGAGAUAG